CAUGUCUAGAAGCUUACUUACCAAGGUCAGAUGGACGCCUUGGAUAACAAGCAGGGUGCUACCAGUCUCGCUGGCACUCUCCAUCCAUAAAUUCAAAUUUACAACUAAUCCUUACUCCACCACUUCUGCAUCUUCAUCAAACUCAUCUCCAGCUGCAAUUUCUGUGGAUGAUAUAUUAUCCAAUAAACUCCCUGUUAAUGAACUACCACCAAGAUAUAUACAAGCAGAACCAAGUCCCGACGACGAAAUCAUCAUCGCAAUGAGUUCUGGAGUGGACUCAUCUGUGGCAGCGGCGUUGUACGCCAAAAAAUAUCGUAAUGUGAGAGGAAUAUACAUGGCAAACUGGUCACAGACGGCUAAGUGCACCGAGAGUGACUGGAACGACGUUCAAAAAGUAUGCAAAUCCUUGAAUAUUCCCUGCGAGAGGGUGAACUUUGAGAAAGAGUAUUGGAGUGAAGUAUUCCAACCUAUGAUCCAAAUGUACGAACAAGGAUUAACUCCCAACCCAGACACUGGUUGCAAUAAAUACGUCAAAUUUGGUAAGAUGAUCGAACACUUGUCAGAGAAGUUCCGUAAUCAAGACAAAAAGUGGUGGUUAGUAACGGGACAUUAUGCUCGAAUUAUGAAAGACCAGAGCACCGGAGAAUUUCAUUUGCUCAGAGGGUAUUCGCAAGGAAAAGACCAGUCCUAUUACUUAUCGAGCAUUCCAAGCGAUAUUCUAGCAAGGGUGUUGAUGCCUAUAGGCCACCACUUGAAGCCUGCUGUACGCCAGAUGGCACAUGACUUAAAUUUACAUGUAUCCAAUAAGCCGGAUUCCCAAGGCUUAUGCUUUGUUUCCCAAGAUCAGAAAAACUUCCGGGAAUUUCUCAAUGAAUACAUCGAACCAAACCCUGGAAAUAUUGUAACAGAGGAUGGCCGGGUCUGGGGCAAACACCAAGGGUUGUGGCAUUGUACCAUCGGCCAAAAAUCAACUGUCUCGAUGCCUCAAGGUGAUCCUAACUACAAGGGAGUAUGGUUUGUUAGUGAAAAAAAUGUGGAAAGAAAUGAAUUGGUGAUUGUAAAGGGAGGAAACAAUCCUAAACUAUUCAACUCCAAAAUCAUGGUCAAGGAUUGGGAGUGGCUCUCAAGACCAUUCGCCUUCAAUGAGGACAAUGAAAUUCUGUUGCAAUACAGAUCGUUGCAAACACCUCUAAAAGUUAAACAAAUUACUUCUAAUUCAACUAAAUCGCUCGUUGUUGAAUUGGAAGAAAGCGCAAGAGCAAUGGCUCCAGGGCAAAACGUUGUAUUAUACAAACACAAUCAAGUUUUGGGCUCAGGAAUAAUAGCCCGAACAUUACUGUAA